AUGUUCGACGACCAAGUCCAUCCCUCCAAGCGGCGAAAAGUCCGAAAAGGAACCCAGAGCUGCUGGGAGUGCAAGCGGCGCAAGGUGCGAUGCAUCUUCGCUUCGGCCGAACACGCCAUCUGCAACAACUGUCGGCGCCGCGGGACGGCUUGUGUGAGCCAGGAGCUUGAGGUCCCUGGUACUCUGGAUGCAUCGAGUGGGAAUCAAGGGGAACUUGCAGCGAGGCUUGGGCGUGUUGAGGAGGUGCUUGAGCGAUUGGCCAAUGCUGGUGUCCGUUCGUCGGUGGGCGAGGCAGAAGAUGUGGACAGACAACAGCCGCAGGAACCGACGGAUACAAGGGCAAAAGCGAACUCCACCGUACCGAGACCGCAGAUCUCUGGCUCCGGGAAGUAUGAUGAGCUGUGUCGCGAGCUGAUCGCGGCUUGGCCCAGUGAUGAUGAUCUGGAGGUUAUCAGCUCCCUUCCACUGGGCCUGCUCUGCAUCCCACUAUGUUGGAGAACGUGCACCCUAGGCAAGAACCAGUCACCAAGUGAGACGCUUAACCUACCGCUACCAUGUUCUCAUCCCGUGCUAAUCGCCCGGAGACUCCUCAUGCUGGCGACACACAUGCAAGGCGUCAUCCCCUCUGCCAUUCAGCAACUCGAUGAUCUGGGAGUACCGUACCGCGAGAUCAUGAUCCGCGCCGUUGAGCAGGCAAUCAAACUGGUAACAACCAACGACGAACUUAUUACCUCAGUCGAAGGCUUGGAGUGUGUCAUGCUGGAGGUCAUGUACCAGAACUACGCCGGCAACUUGCACCGCGCGUGGAUGGCCGUGAAGCGUGCAACCACAGCCGCGCAGGUGAUGGGCCUCCACCGAGCCUCAAACCUGCCUCCUUUUAGAUUCCUGGACCAAGCAACCCGAGCAACCUUUGACGCUGACGAUGUUUGCUUUCGUCUGGUCCAGAUGGACCACUACCUCUCCCUCAUGCUCGGGCUGCCACAAACCGCACUCGAAGGGCGAUUUGCCAUCCCUGACGAUUUGUCCAAGUUCAAUCACCGAGGUCGCCUAGAGCGCCUCCACUGCGCCGUCUCCGGACGUAUUGUGCGACGAAACGAUGCAGGAACCAAUGAUCUUCAGAUCACGCGGGAGGCCGACAAUCUCCUUCAAAUCGCUGCCGCCGAGAUGCCUCCCCAGUGGUGGCUAUCCCCAAGCUUCAGUAAAGAGUCGGAUCUCGUGGACGAUACAAUCCGCCUCAUGAUUCAGUUCACCCAUUACCACCUCCUUGCCCGACUUCAUUUGCCGUACAUGCUCCGCCCGUCGACAUACCAAACCCAUGAGCAUAGCAAAGCCGUAGCAGUCUACGCCAGCCGCGAGCUGCUAUCCCGGUAUAUCAUGUUUCGAAGCUCGAACCCGGUAGAUUACUACUGCCGGGGAUGUGACUUCCUCGCCUUUGUCGCGACGAUGAUCUUGUGUCUUGCCCACAUCAACUCCAGCACCAACUCUAUUCCCGUCCUCUUGAAGCCGCUCGCAUACAGCCGCCCAACCGAUCGCGGAAUGAUGGAACAAACAGCCGAGAUCAUCGCCUCCACUGCUGCAAUGGAGUACAACACUUCCGGUGCCAUAGCGCCAAAGCUUACGCGUAUCAUACGGCACUUGCUUGACGUGGAGUCAAGUGCCGCGAGCGGGACAGUGUACAGCACGAGCACUAGUCCUACCUCGGCCAAUGGUGAAGAGGGAGAGAUUGAUGGGACCGUGAAGCAUGGCGGAAACGCACUGCAUAUACGUAUCCCGUAUUAUGGGACGAUCAGGCUUGAGCGAGGGCGUGGAGUUGAGAAGGUCUCGAGGACUACGCAGCUGGGCCAAAUGCAGGCCAUGGACGAAGUUUUUGAUGAGCAUCCGAGCGACGGAAUGGUUACUCGCGCAUAUGACCCCGUCAGCAGAGCGUCGGGACCAGGAGCGGAAAAUGAGAUGCAAGGGAAUGAUUUGCCAGGUUCCGUCCCAAACGAGGUUCUGGGACUGGAGAUUGAACCUGAUCAUAUGUUCCCUGACUCAGAAACUGAUUGGAACGUCGGUGACAUUGAUAUUGCCCUCUUCGAUAGCCUCUUUCGCGGUAUAGAGCUUCCCGAAGUGGACGCGGCUGGGGAGGCGUGGAUGUGA